GAUCAAGUUGGAGAGAAGAAUCUUUAUUCUCACAAACUUCAUCUUGUUUCCACAACUAUUCUCAUUGGGAAUGGACAAUGGAAAGGUCUCUAGCUUUAUCAUGAUCAAAAACCUCCUCCUCUUUUGUAUUUCCUUGAACUUAACCAGUCACUUCGGCUUUUCACAAAUGCCAACGAGUUCAGUGAAAGCGGAGACGAAUGACAACAUCACAGUGUUCACCAGGAUUUUGGACGGGCUGCUGGAUGGCUAUGACAAUAGACUGAGGCCUGGGCUGGGAGAGCGAAUCACGCAGGUCCGGACCGACAUUUACGUGACCAGCUUCGGCCCAGUGUCAGACACAGAAAUGGAAUACACCAUCGACGUGUUCUUCCGGCAGAGCUGGAAGGACGAGCGGCUGCGCUUCAAGGGGCCCAUGCAGCGCCUGCCUCUCAACAACCUGCUCGCCAGCAAAAUCUGGACCCCGGACACGUUCUUCCACAACGGGAAGAAAUCCAUCGCCCACAACAUGACCACGCCCAACAAGCUGCUGCGGCUGGAGGACGAUGGCACCCUGCUGUACACCAUGCGCCUGACCAUCUCCGCCGAGUGCCCCAUGCAGCUGGAGGACUUUCCCAUGGAUGCCCACGCCUGCCCUCUGAAAUUUGGUAGCUAUGCAUACCCAAAUUCUGAAGUUGUUUAUGUCUGGACCAAUGGUUCCACCAAGUCUGUGGUGGUGGCAGAAGACGGUUCCAGAUUGAACCAGUAUCAUCUCAUGGGGCAGACAGUGGGCACGGAGAACAUCAGUACCAGCACAGGCGAAUACACAAUCAUGACGGCUCACUUCCACCUGAAGAGGAAGAUUGGCUACUUUGUCAUCCAGACCUACCUGCCCUGCAUCAUGACGGUGAUCUUAUCCCAGGUGUCCUUUUGGCUCAACCGAGAAUCCGUGCCAGCCAGGACAGUUUUUGGGGUGACCACAGUGCUGACCAUGACGACGCUCAGCAUCAGCGCUCGGAACUCGCUGCCCAAAGUGGCCUAUGCCACGGCCAUGGACUGGUUCAUCGCGGUGUGCUACGCCUUUGUCUUCUCUGCCCUCAUCGAGUUUGCCACGGUCAACUACUUCACAAAGAGAGGCUGGGCCUGGGACGGAAAGAAAGCCCUGGAAGCAGCCAAGUUCAAGAAAAAGGAACGUGAACUCAUCCUCAACAAAUCAACCAAUGCUUUCACGACUGGGAAGAUGAACCACCCCCCAAACAUCCCCAAGGAACAGGUAUCGGCAGGGACCACCAAUGUGUCAUCCGGGCCUGCAAAACCUCCCGAAGACAAGGCCUCUGACAACAAAAAGACUUACAACAGCAUCAGCAAGAUUGACAAAAUGUCCCGAAUUGUGUUCCCUGUCCUGUUUGGGACUUUUAAUUUAGUUUACUGGGCCACCUAUUUGAAUAGGGAGCCAGUGAUUAAAGGGGCCAUCUCCUCGAAGUAAGACACCUCCAUCCUAAAUCCCAGGAAGCCAUACUUCUGGUCAAAUGGUACCCAGGAGAGGCUGGGCUCCAAAAGACUCUCUGUAAUUUCAGCACUCUCUUUCAGGAAAAAAAUUUUUUUUGCAUGUUUAAUAAUAUGUACAAAUAAUAUUGCCUUGAUGUUUCUACAUGUAACUUCAGAUGUUUUGAAGAUGACCCAUUGGUAAAGCCAACAACUUUCUAGGAAAACAAAAAAAAUAAAAUAAAAUAAAAAACAGGAGGCUGUGACUGACAGACGCUCAGUAUCUUAACAUCGAUAGUUUACAAACAAGAUAAGUCUAUUUUUCACAGUUCCAAGCGUUAACCUAAUGAUGUUUUUUAUACUUCGAAUGUCAUUUCAUACAAAAUUUUCCCAGCAAAUAAAUAUUUUAGGAAAUGCUCCUGAAGAAUCCUACUUGACCAACUGCAAGAGAGCACACUUUUUUUUUUCUUCUCUCAUUAAGACAAAAAAAAAAAAAAGAUGGACAUUUAGGUCCAUAAUUGCCUUCGAAGAUUCCUCCUGUUCCAAAAUCAAGAAAAAAAAAGUACUGCAUGAGCCGGCAUUAAGAAAUAGAAUAGGCAAACUAUUUACGCAGACAAAUUUAAUAACAGAAGUAUGUAGUAUAUUAGAUUUAGCAGAUCAAGUAUUUUCUCCAAUGAAAAUUUAACUCCUUAAAAAAUUCUUUUUUUUUUGAAAAGGAAUGUAUUCUCACUCUACCCUAACCUCUCCACUAACUAAACAGUGACCAAGAAAGAUACGGAGAUAAUAAAACAAGUGGUUUGAUGACAUUCUUGACCUUUGACUCCACCUGUACCUGCUGUUCCAAGACACCACCAUUCGAUGCCGCCAGCUUACAGUGCUUCAGUGGUGAGAACCUGUCAUUGAGUUCAUUUCCAUUCUCUUUCCUUGUACGUUUCACGUUUGACUUAUUGCUCUGUUAGCUUUU